AAACUAUUUCUCCCUCGCCCAUGCGCUGUCUCUCGUACUUCAGUUACUUCCGUUGUGUUUCACAUCACCUUCGGCAAGUUUCCUCGACCCCCAACAUGAGUGCCACAAAUGCAGUGCGUGUAUUUGCACGUGGGUUGACCACCUCUGCAGCCCGAUGCCGAGGUACCACCCCUGGCUCCUCCCAGUACCAGAAGGUCCAGGAGUUCCAGAACAUGAUGUGUAGAGAUGAUGGCCUCCUUGUCUGGCAGAAGCGUGGAUUCCGUGACACUUUCGGCUAUCAAGUUACCAUGGGAAUGACUCUGAUCGGCCUUAUACCAACAGGCUACCUCCUCUUUUAUAAAAUGUCAUUUCCUACCAAGAAGGAUUGAAUAUAUAGGACUGUAGGAACUAUUUGUUAGCACUGAUACCUUUGUGAAUACUAUGUGCAUCUCAAAGGAUAUCAACAUGUUUAAGAGCAGGAAAUGUUGGUCAUUGUCAUUAUUAUGUGUGAAUGAGGAAUUAAAAAGUAUCUGAAACAAA